AGAUGUAACGCCAUCAACCUCGCCGAGGGCUUCCCGGACUUCCCCGCUCCUCUCCAAAUCAAAGACGCUGCUGUAUCCGCCAUUAAUUCCGACUUCAACCAGUACAGGCAUGUGCAAGGAAUUUGUGACCACUUGGCCGCAGCAAUGAAGAAAAUGCAUGAUUUGGAUGUUAAUCCUCUAACGGAUAUAGCCAUUUGCUGUGGACAAACUGAGGCAUUUGCAGCAGCGAUUUUUGCUGAUGUAUAUGUUGCCCUUGAUCCACCUCAGUGGACCUUGUGCCCUGGCAAGUUAUUGAAGUCUUUUACUGGCAGAACAAAAGCUAUUGUUUUGAACAGCCCUCACAACCCAACUGGCAAAGUUUUCUUCAAGGAAGAGCUUGAAGUUAUUGCUGAAGCCUGCUGCAGAUGGGAUUGCCUUGCUAUAACAGACGAAGUAUAUGAGCACAUAACAUUUGACGACAAGAAACAUAUAUCUCUUGCCUCACUCCCAGGAAUGCAAAAGAGAACCAUCAUCACAUCCUCCUUGUCUAAAACUUUUAGUGUUACAGGUAGAUGUCCCACACUCAUUUUCCUCUGUCCACUGUAUUGUGGCAUAAUUUCCAGUUGGAGAAUUGGAUGGGCCAUUGCUCCAGCUUUUGCUGCAUCUGCAAUCCGAAACAUUCAUGUCAAAAUUACAGAUUCUGCUCCAGCACCUUUCCAAGAUGCUGCGUUAACUGCUUUGACAAGCCCCCCUGAAUAUUUUGAAGGACUGAAAAAAGUAGAAUAUGUUAAGGAAUUAAUAAAAGAGGCAGGGGUGGUUGCUGUACCAGGAUGUGGAUUUUUUCAUACAAAGCUUUCUAUGGAGCCAUCAUCUGAGGCAAGUUGCAACUACCAGAAGAGAUAUGUAAGGUUUGCUUUCUGCAAAAGUAUUGCUACUUUGGCAGCCGCUGCACAAAAGUUUAGUGAUCUUAAGAACGCUACCAAGUAUGAACAACCUUAACAUGCGAGUUGGGUUAAGGGAUGAGAGAGAGAAUUAUCUCUUAUUAUACAAUCUAGAUAAAAAAAAUAAAAAAAAAAAGAAGAAAAUGAUAUACUUAAAAUGUCACACGAUAUUGUAAAUUUAUACCGUAUGUGUUCUUAUAUAAUCAAUUUUUUUUUAUUCA